AUGGCAACUCAAGAUCUUCCCAGAUCCUUUUCAAAUGCAAGAGUUGGCAAUGCUAUUGGUCCAGCUGUCACUAUAGAGAGAAAAGGUCGUAGAUCUGCCUCAAGAGUGAAAGGGAAAAAUACAAAGAGAAGGCGUUCUUCUGUGGCCAUUGAUGCGAAGAAGAGCACAGAAACUAGUGUCAGCAAAUCGAAGAAGAGGAUACGACAGAAAUCAUCAAAAGCCGCCUCAACAACAGUAGCGUCUUCAGAGAAAAUAAAGGACGAAUCGAAUUUGGCAAGCCGAAGAAAGAGGCGAUCAAAGCGGCGAAAGCAUGUGGCAGUAGGGUCACACACGCCACCCAAAUCUAUGCCAGUCAAGGGCUCAUCCACCAAGAAACGAAACGUGAAACGUUCAAAGAAACGAAGUCUUGCCAACACAAAACGCAUCAAUCAUGGCUCUGAACCAGAAGAAACCGAAGAAUUCGCAACAUCGUUGCUGAGGGCUCUAGCGAAAGAUGAGAUUGAUGGAGAAACUCCACCCAUAACCGACGAUUCGAAGGAUGAUCCUCAUAUACCAACAACCUUGGAUCGAAAAGAUGACGAUUUGGCUCCAACCAAUAUCCAGAACGAGUCAAAGGAAGAGGUACUAUUCGUUGAAGUAGAAAGUGUUGCGAGUGCCGCCACGAACGUGUCAGAUGUUGCUGUUAGUGUAUCUAAAGGAGGACCAACAACCUCCACUCCAAGCAAUGAUUUGACGACAGGUGAUGGCCUUGAAGACGGAAAUGCCGAAGUCUCCAGCCAUUCAACCAUCGAUUCAAAUGCUGUUAACGAAGUGAAAGGAGUUGUGAAUGAAGUCGAUAGUGCUCCCAUAGAAAUGGUCUCUACAACAAAUGUCGAAAAUGAAGAUACUGCCAAUAAAGAAGAAACGGAGAACCAGCAAGUUGACGACGAGGAAUUGGACAAAGUCGAUGUAUCCGCUAUUGAACUCGAUGGAGGUGAAUCUAUUGUUGACGAAUAUUCGGUGCGAGCUACAGAAAUGGAAAGUGGGCCAAUAUCGCAAGAGGAAGCUGCAACCCAAACAGAAACUUCUCUUGAAGAAUCUUAUGUCGAAGCACCGGUUGACGAAGACUCCGAGAAGAAACAGGAAUCAGAGGCCAACGAAGGCGCUGUUGAUGAUAAUGACAUUGAUUCAGAAAAGAAGCAAGACGGCCCUUCGAAAGAGGAAGAGGGUGUUGUGGAUUUCAUCGAGGAAAUUUUGCAAGAAGAUGUUAAGUCUUGGGUAAACGACUCGUCGUCGGACUCCGAAUCAAAGCCCACUGCGGUUGUGAACGAUACUCGAGGUGGUCACCAGGAUGUUAGUACUUCUAUCAAUAGUGAAGUGAAGAAUGAUGAAAACAAAUCCUCUGAUGAAAAAGACUCGUCAGAAGAACCAACAGAAAAGGAAAAUCAGCCAGCCACUUGUGUAGAAGAUACUACAAUCACAGAGACUAUGACGCUGGAUGCUUCUCUUCUAGAAGCAUGUGAAGACUGUGAAACCGACAUUGCAGUUUCGGUCGUUACGUGGAACCUUGCUGAGGUCUCACCUGCAGAAGAAGAUGCUGUUUUCAUUCGAAAGUUUCGUAAGUCAGGCACAAGGAAGGGGUCGGGUAGCGACUUGGUACUUAUAUCAGGUCAGGAGUGUGAAAAUAUCAAACCAAGGCGAUCAGAGGGCUCAAGGUCUAGGGAGUAUCGCCGUCUCAUGAUUAAGAUGCUUGGGAAGCAAUAUGUACCAAUUGCACUUCAUCUGCUUGGUGGUAUUCAAUUUGGUUUGUUUGCAAAGAGAUCUUUCUUGAAAGAAAUUGAAGAGAUUUCAAUCGCAGACGUAACUUGUGGGAUUGGCAAUGUGUUCCAUAACAAAGGGGCGAUCGCAGCAUUUCUGAAGGUGAAGGCAAGGAAUCGAUCUUCCACAAGCAACAAGGCCAGAUCGCUGCGACUGGUCUUUGUGACCGCACACAUGGCUGCCCACGUUAAGAAUGUUGAAGCAAGAAAUGCUGACUUUUGGCGGAUUUCUAGUGAGCUCGAAGCACAAGCCCCAGAUGGAUUUCUACCAGAGCACGACGUCUCUAUCGCUUCGGAAAAUGAAUCAUUCUUGUUUAACUCCGUUGAUCGAGUUUUCUUCUGCGGCGACUUGAACUACAGAGUUGAUCUUCCGCGAGAGUUGACUGAAUUGCAGACUCUCGGACAAGGUCGCAGUGAAGAAAACCAAAUGCUCUAUUCCGAGUUGAUGUAUCAUGAUCAACUGAAAGCUACAAUGUGUGAGAAUCAAGCAUUCCCUGGAUUUGCUGAAGGAAAAAUUUCCUUUGCUCCAACUUUUAAGUUCGACAAGGAGUCAGACUCCUACGACACAUCACACAAGCAGCGAAUCCCUGCGUGGACUGAUCGGAUUUUAUUCAAACCAUUUGGUACAAGAGUAUUGGAAUACACUAGCGUUCCUGAAGCACAACAUAGUGACCACAGGCCAGUGCAUGGAACAUUCAGAGUAUCCAUGGAAGGAAGAGACCUGCCACCCAAGAAAGCACGCUCGCGCAAACCCCGAGAACGGAGGCGGCAGAGCGAUAUAGAUUAA